UCCUGAGAAGAACAAGGAGCCAUUGAAGGGUUCUACUGAGGGGAGUGGCAAAAUCAGAUUUAGAAUGAUCACCCUGGCUGCGGCCUGAAGAGCUGGCUGGAGCAGAAGCAAGACUGAGUCAGUGCGCAGACUGCUGAUUGACAGGUUAUAAAACAUGGAGGCUGGCUCCGUGGUUCGAGCCAUCUUUGACUUCUGCCCAAGUGUAUCAGAAGAGCUGCCGCUCUUUGUGGGAGAUAUUAUUGAAGUGUUGGCAGUGGUGGAUGAAUUUUGGCUUCUAGGAAAGAAAGAGGAUGUGACAGGACAGUUUCCCAGCAGUUUUGUGGAAAUUGUGACCAUUCCCAGUCUAAAAGAGGGAGAGAGGCUGUUUGUCUGUAUCUGUGAAUUUACAUCCCAAGAAUUGAACAAUCUCCCCCUUCAUCGAGGCGACCUAGUGAUUCUUGAUGGCGCUGUCACGGCUGGCUGGCUGCAGGGCCGAAGCUGCUGGGGUGCCCGGGGCUUCUUCCCAUCCUCGUGUGUUCGGGAGCUCAGCCUGUCUUCACAAAGCCGGCACUGGCACUCACAGAGUGCCCUGCUCCAGAUUCCUGAAUAUUCCAUGGGACAAGCCCGGGCGCUGAUGGGGCUUUCUGCCCAGCUGGAUGAGGAGCUGGACUUCAGAGAAGGGGAUGUGAUCACCAUUGUUGGAGUUCCUGAACCAGGCUGGUUUGAAGGGGAGUUAGAGGGUCGAAGAGGCAUUUUUCCAGAAGGUUUUGUAGAACUUUUGGGUCCCCUGAGGACUGUGGAUGAGUCGGUGAGUUCUGGAAAUCAUGAUGACUGCGUUAUUAAUGGUGAAGUAGAUACCCCUACAGGAGAAGAAGAAGGAGGGCCGGAAGAGGAUGACGAGCAGCCAGGGACCUAUGGAAUUGCCCUCUACAGAUUCCAAGCCCUGGAACCGAAUGAGCUGGAUUUUGAGGUAGGCGAUAAAAUCCGAAUUCUGGGGACUCUAGAAGAUGGCUGGCUAGAAGGAUCCCUGAAGGGCAGGACAGGCAUCUUUCCUUAUCGGUUUGUGAAGUUAUGUCCUGAAACAACGGUGGAGGAAACCAUGGAUCUGCCACAGGAAGGCAUCCCCGAAACUUCUUUGGAUGAAUCAGAGAACUCCUCAGUAGCGGAGGAAAAAGGACAUGAGUCUAGUGAGUGUGAAGCAGAGGAGUCCAACUGUGUUAUUUCUGAAACAUCCACUUCUCCCCCAGAUCAUCUGGCUUCUGAGUAUGAAGUAAACAAAAACCCUUAUUGGGAUGAGGGCACCUCAGGAGGUCCCCAGAGAAGCCCAGGUGUGGGGCACGAAGAGCUUCUUGCUGAAGACUCUUCCAUGAAGGAUCCUUCAGAGGUAGUCAAUGGUGUUUCCUCCCAACCUCAGAUACCUUUUCAUCCCAGAUUGCAGGAAAACCAGUAUUAUUCUACAGUAGGAGGGAGCCACGCAAGCUCAGAGCAGUACUCUGACCUUGUUCCUCUAGAAGCCAGGACUAGAGACUACUCCAGCCUACCUCCUAGAGGAACGUACUCCCAGCCAAAAACCAUUCAGAAGCCCGUGCGUCCUCUUCACAGUGACUCUUCUCUUUCAGCCUCUAGGGUAGUCAGACCCAGCCAGUUGAGGCCUCAGCUCCAGGGCAUGGCAAGGUGUGCUAAAAAGCACCACACAUCCAAAGGAAAUGCUUCCAGCUUUAGCUCUGCAUCAGGGAGAUCAGAGAUGAAGCCUGGUCUGCAAGACAAGGAGCCCGCUGUAGAAGCAACGGCGCUUUCCCAGGGAGACGGCAACAUUGACCUGGACUCUAAGUUGACACAACAGCUGAUCGAGUUUGAGAAGAGCUUGUCAGGGCCCGGCACAGAAGCAGAUAACAUUUUGCGCCACUUUUCAAUCAUGGACUUUAACUCCGAGAAGGAUAUUGUCCGAGGUUCCUCAAAGCUAAUCACGCAGCAGGAGCUGCCUGAGAGGAGAAAGGCCCUAAGGCCACCACCACCCCGUCCCUGUACUCCAGCAUCCCCUUCUUCCCGUUUGCUGGUGGACCAGAACCUGAAACCUGAACCACCCUUGGCAGUGCGACCCUCUCGCCCAGCUCCCCUGCCCCCCACGGCACAGCAGAGAAUGAGCGCAGCACCCUCCAAGCUCCUACCCUGUAACCAUCCUAGCUGUGAGACCUUGGAGAAGGAGAGCCCUGGGAAUAUGGAGGAGACUUUGGACCAGACCUCCCCGUGUCCCUUAGUAUUGGUGAGGAUUCAGGAAAUGGAACAGGACUUGGAUAUGUAUGGCAGGGCUCAGGAAGAGCUAAACCUAAUGCUGGAGGAGAAGCAAGAGGAAUCAUUAAGGGCAGAGACCCUUGAGAAUCUUGAGUUCUACGAGAGUAACAUCGAGAGUUUGAAUAUGGAACUCCAGCAACUUAGAGAAAUGACGCUCCUCUCCUCCCAGUCUUCAUCACUGGUGGCCCCUUCUGGGUCUGGGUCCACUGAAAACCCAGAGCAGAGGAUGCUGGAGAAGAGAGCCAAGGUGGUAGAAGAACUUCUUCAGACAGAAAGAGACUACAUUCGGGAUCUGGAAAUGUGUAUUGAGCGGAUCAUGGUACCCCUGCAGCAGGCCCAGGUACCAAACAUUGAUUUUGAGGGAGUUUUUGGAAAUAUGCAGAUGGUGAUUAAGAUCUCAAAGCAAUUAUUGGCCGAUCUGGAAAUCAGCAAUGCUGUAGGACCUGUGUUUCUUGAUCACCGGGUUGAGCUUGAGGAAACAUACAAAGUUUACUGUCAGAAUCAUGAUGAGGCCAUUUCACUGCUGGAAAUCUAUGAGAAGGAUGAGAAGAUCCAGAAGCAUCUUCAAGACUCCUUGGCAGAUCUUAAAAGCCUGUACAACAAAUGGGGGUGCACAAAUUAUAUUAACCUGGGCUCCUUCCUCAUCAAGCCAGUGCAGAGAAUAAUGCGUUACCCACUCCUGCUGAUGGAGUUGCUGAAUUCCACCCCCGAAUCCCACCCGGAUAAAGUGCCUUUAACCAGUGCAGUCCUUGCAGUCAAGGAAAUCAACGUUAACAUUAACGAGUAUAAACGUCGAAAGGACCUGGUCCUCAAGUACCGGAAGGGUGAUGAAGAUAGCCUCAGGGAGAAAAUUUCCAAACUGAACAUCCACUCCAUCAUCAAGAAAUCCAACCGAGUGAGCAGUCACCUGAAGCACCUCACUGGCUUUGCUCCACAGAUAAAAGAUGAAGCAUUUGAAGAAACAGAAAAAAACUUCCGAAUGCAAGAAAGAUUGAUCAAAUCUUUUAUCCGAGACCUGUCUCUCUACCUCCAGCAUAUCCGGGAAUCGGCAUGUGUGAAAGUGGUGGCUGCCAUGAGCAUGUGGGACGUGUGCAUGGAGAAGGGACACCGAGACCUGGAACAGUUCGAGAAGGUGCAUCGCUACAUCAGCGAUCAGCUCUUCACAAAUUUCAAGGAGAGGACAGAGCGGCUUGUCAUCUCUCCCCUCAAUCAGUUACUGAGCAUGUUUACAGGGCCCCACAAGCUGGUACAGAAACGCUUUGACAAGCUGCUGGACUUCUAUAACUGUACAGAACGGGCAGAGAAGUUAAAGGACAAGAAGACCCUGGAGGAGCUGCAGUCAGCCCGGAACAACUACGAGGCCCUGAACGCCCAGCUGCUGGAUGAGCUGCCCAAGUUCCACCAGUUGGCCCAGGGCCUCUUCACCAACUGCAUCCACGGCUAUGCCGAGGCCCACUGUGACUUUGUGCGCCAGGCCCUGGAGCAGUUAAAGCCGCUGCUUUCAUUACUUAAAGUUGCCGGCAAGGAGGGAAACCUUAUCGCCAUCUUCCAUGAAGAGCACAGCAGGGUCCUGCAGCAGCUCCAGGUUUUCACCUUCUUCCCCGAGUCCCUUCCAGCCACCAAAAGGCCGUUUGAGAGGAAAACUGUGGACCGCCAGUCUGCCCGAAAGCCACUCCUGGGCCUGCCAAGUUAUAUGCUGCAGUCGGAAGAACUCCGCGCCUCCCUGCUGGCAAGGUAUCCCCCUGAAAAACUCUUCCAGGCAGAACGGAACUUCAAUGCUGCUCAAGACUUGGACGUCUCACUUCUGGAAGGCGACCUGGUGGGUGUGAUCAAAAAGAAAGACCCCAUGGGCAGUCAGAACCGCUGGCUCAUUGACAAUGGAGUCACCAAAGGCUUCGUGUACAGCUCCUUCCUGAAGCCCUACAAUGCCCGGCGCAGCCACUCUGACGUCUCCGUAGGCAGCCAUUCCUCCACCGAGUCCGAGCACAGCGGCUCCUCCCCCAGAUUCCCACGGCAGAACAGCAGCAGCACCUUGACCUUCAACCCCAGCAGCAUGGCUGUGUCCUUUACCUCGGGGUCUUGCCAGAAACAGCCUCAAGAUGCAUCUUCAUUGAAGGAAUUUGACCAAGGAGCGCUCAGUGCCUCCUUAAACUUGGGUAGUUCAGAGAGCGGUCCUUCCAGAUGCCCUUCAGACCCAGACUUUACCUCCCAGCCCAGGCCCUGGGACUCUGUAGAUGGGGCCCGAGACGUUAACCAGCCUGCCCCCACCCCGAGGAGCUACCGAAACUCCAGGCAUCCAGAAAUGGUUGGUUACUCCACACCAGGGCGAAAUGGGCAGGGUAAAGACCUUGUGAAAGGAUGUCCAAGAACAGCCCAGGCUCUGGAGAACAAAAACGAAGAGCCAGAAAGCAGUGAGGCAGAAGGCAACCAGGUCUAUUUUGCUGUCUAUACCUUCAAGGCACGGAACCCAAAUGAACUGAGUGUGUCAGCCAAUCAGAGGCUCAAGAUCCUAGAAUUUAAAGAUGUUAUGGGAAAUAGAGAGUGGUGGUUAGCCGAAGUUAAUGGGAAGAAGGGCUAUGUUCCAUCCAAUUAUAUCCGCAAAGCUGAGUACACCUGAACCUGUUCUGCCUCCACUCAGCCUUGCUGCCUUCACUUCCUUCUGCUGAAGGGUUCUGGUGGUCCACUGAGAGGGCACCUGCUCUGGAGACACGGGCCCUGUCUGC